AUAAAAACACACUCUGCAAACAGUGACUGACAGUGGCUCCUGUAGAAAAAAUAAGCGUGAAGUAAGUGUCACCUUUUCAAAGAAAAACAAACAAUAAAAAUGGGUGAAGAUGAUCCAUACGCAGUUGCAGCUAAAGGUAAAUUGAAACUCAAGUGCGACACAGGUAUUAGUAAAAAGAAGAAAAAGAAGAAGGACAAGAAACUUCUGGAACAAGUAUCUAAAACAAUACAAGAGGAUAAAUCUGAACCAAAACCUAAAGUACAGACAAAAACUAAAGCCGAACUGGCAUUUUUACAACAACAAGAAAAAAUGCAAACCAAAAGGAUAUUGGAAAAAGCCUGUAUGACCCACAAAGAACGAGUUGAAAAGUUCAACCAACAUUUGGACAGCCUCACGGAACACUUUGACAUUCCCAAAGUAUCUUGGACUAAAUAAAAUUAUUUAUAUCAGAUUAUGUAUGUAAUUUUCAGUUAAUAAUAUUUAAUUUAAUAAAUUUAAAUGUCAAAGUUAUAAUUGGUAAGACCUGUACAAAGAAUGUCGAUUAAAUAAACUAAAUUCUUGUUUAAAUAAUUAUUAUGUAUUUGUACUUAUAAAAAUAGUAAUAAAUAAAAUACUAUAUUUAAA